AUGAAACACCGCAAAAGUCGACUAGUAGGUCAGGGUGCAACGUGGGAGCAAUUGCCUUCACUGUAUCAGAAGUUGCAGCUAAAGGAGAAAGAGCUUUGGGCUGAUUUCGCUAACAGCACGCACUCAAAAUUGUCGCUACCUUCUACGAUUGAAGAGAAAACGACUUCCUUUCAACAGUUGCUGAUCAUUCAAACAAUUCGACCGGAUUGCUUACAUACAGCAAUGCAGAACUUUGUGAAGCGAGCGCUAGGUAUAAACGAGCUCAAACCACCAUCUCUGAAUCUAAAGUCACUGUUUACAAAUGAUUCAACAAGUAAUGUUCCUAUCCUUAUCAUCGCCAGUUACGGCGAUGAUCCAUCUAAAGAACUCGAUCACCUAGCAGAAUCGGUGGUAACUUCAGACAGAUACGUUCAGAUUGCGAUGGGACAGGGUCAAAUGGAACGAGCUACCGAUCUACUGAGGGAAUGCGCUGCAGUCGGAAAAUGGCUGUGCAUCAAAAAUUUGCAUCUCGCAAUAUCUUGGAUCCCGCAGUUGGAAAGAGAACUGAAAGCGUUGAAGCUCCACGAUAGCUUUCGGCUGUGGAUCACCACCGAGCCGAAUGCUGAAUAUCCGGCUAUGUUUUUACAGAACUGCCUGAAGGUCACUUAUGAAUCUCCCCCCGGUUUAAAGAAAAACGUUCUUCGCAUUUACGACACUUUCGAAGAUGCAUACAUAUCGAAAGGCAACGUGCAGUGGGCGAGAGGUUUGUUCGCGUUAAGUUGGUUUCAUGCGGUAUGCCAAGAAAGACGCUCGUACAUUCCACAGGGCUGGAACUGCUUUUACGAAUUUACGUAUUCCGACUUCAGAGUUGCCCUUGAUGUUAUGGAUAAAAGCUUCUAUCGACGAGAAGCCAGACCACAAUUGGAAUUCAUCCGUGGCAUAAUCGAAACGUGCGUCUACGGAGGAAGAAUCGACAAUGCGUUUGAUGUCAGGGUGAUGCAGGCGUAUUUAAAGGAGUUUUUUAACCCUGAAUUAAUCAACGGACAUAAUAGGGGCGAAUGCUUCUUCAGUCCUGAACUGACUUUGCCGAGUUCAAAUCUUAUCAAGGACUACGUCGAUGCGGUGAAGGUCGUCAACGACGAUAACUUGCCGAAACUGUUGGGCCUACCGGCGAAUAUGAAACGAUCGUGGGAGCAGACGGAAGGCCUGAAGAUUAUCGAGAAGUUGCAGGACGUUUCGCCCUUCGACUACUGUCCAUCCGAUUUUGAUAUUACCGAAUGGACAAAUGUUCUGAUGCCGGUGUUGACAGUUUGGAAGAAGUUGAAUCAAUCUUCAACCUUGCACCACGCAAAGCUACAGCAACUGGUCAAUCAGCCUGAUAGCUCGGCCGUAGCGAAUUUUGUUCGAACAGAACGCAACUAUGCCGUGAAGCUAGUGCAACUGAUACAUAGCGAUUUGUCAGUGAUUAACAAAGUUUUACGAGGAAGCGCUAAAUUCGAACGUGCGUCAAUGGAUCUGGCUGUUUCCCUCUUUCGUCAAAAGACUCCUUCGGCCUGGCACAAAGAAUGGCAAGGACCAGAAAACUUGACGGCUUACAUGUAUGCCGUGAUGCAACGAGCGAAAGCUGUCAAUCAGCUGUCUAUGAAAUCGGGUGCACAUUUGCUGCUAAACGAAACGGUGAACCUUUCCGAACUUUUCCAUCCAGGCGCCUUCCUGAAUUCACUUAGGCAGGAAACAGCGAGGAAAAAAUCAGUCGCGAUUGAUGUUCUGAAGUUCUCCGUCUCCUGGAAGGAUGAAACAAGCUCUGACAUUUGGGUCAGGAUUAAUGGAAUUCAAAUCGAAGGCGCCUUAUUCGACGGCACCGCAUUGCGAGAAACGUCUUCCAACUUUCCGCCUGUCGCUAACGUACCGACUUGUUUUGCGGCCUGGAUUCAAGAAGAACAGCCUUCGUCCCAACAGGCAGAAAGGGCACUUAUGGUUCCUCUGUACGCAAACAGUAGGCGACAGCAGCUGAUUACGACAUUCGAGCUUCCAGUUGAAAACAGUCUCAACAAAUGGCAUAUUCUGAACGUAGCCAUGUUUCUUAAGUGA